AUGGAUAUCGAAAUAUCGCCGGCGACGAUUGAUGAGAUCCCAAACAUCUUGGACCUCACUCAGAUAGCACGCGCAGACAUGUUCCCGCAUGUGGAUGAUCAAUGGCGCGCUAAGAAGGCCGAGGAAGAUCUCGCAACGUUCCAGGAGACCUUUUUCAGCCACCCAGAUGGCACAUUCAUAGUUGCGCGAUCAAACAACCAGAUCAUUGCGACUGUUGGAUACCAACACUUCGACUACCGAUUUCCUCAGCUCACUCUACUACCCGACGGCGUCGUUGAAGUUGUGAGACUCUACGUAAUUCCGGCUUGGCGCCGCGGCGGGUUAGCAUCCCGAUUGGUUUCGGCUUUGAAGAAGGCCGCGAGCGAGGCGGGCCUGAAACAAUUGUAUCUUCACACUCAUCCGUUUUUGCCGGGAGCGAUCGAAUUUUGGGAACGGCAGGGUUUCGUCGUUCUGGAUGUUGAUCGAGAUGAUGCUGUGUGGCAAACGACACAUAUGAGCCAAAAUCUCAGUGGAUGA